AUGGAGGCUGGUCUUGCUAUCUGCUGUCUCUGUGGCUCCAAUAUGCCCCACAACCCUUCAGGAAUGUGCUUAAACUGUUUGAAAUCUAGAGUCGAUAUCACUCAAGAAAUCCAAAAAGAAUGCACGGUCCAUUUCUGCCGAAAUUGUGGUCGCUAUCUCAGACCACCAUGGAUGCAUAUUGAGCUGGAAAGCCAAGAUAUGUUGCAGCUUUGCCUUAAAAAAAUCAAAGGCCUCAACAAAGUCAAAUUAAUUGAUGCAAAUUUCCUUUACACAGAACCACACUCCAGGAGAUUAAGGCUAAAAUUAGCAGUUCAAAAAGAAGUCCAUAGAGACACAACCUUAGAGCAGACCUUCCUAGUGGAAUUUAUCGUCCAAAAUUUGCAAUGUGACGACUGCCAAAGAAGCUUUACUCCUCACACUUGGAUUGCCAAAGUUCAGGCCAGACAAAGAGUUACCCAUCAGAGGACUUUUUAUUAUUUAGAACAAUUACUAUUAAAGCAUGGGCUAAAUAAUAAAGUCACAGCUGUGAAGCAGAUUGAUAAAGGCUUGGAUUUUGAGUUUUUCAAUAAAAGCCAUGCAGGAAGGUUUAUUGAUUUUUUGCAUAGCUAUAUCCCUAUACAAGUAAAACAAAGCAAGUUUUUGGUGUCACAUGAUGCCAGCAAUAACACAUAUAAAUAUAAAUAUACAUAUUUGGCUGAAAUUGCCCAAAUUUGUAAGGAUGAUUUACUAGUGCUGCCGAAGGAGCACAACGCAGGAGGGGUUGGGCCGCUGGUGCUUUGUUAUAAAGUGACGAAUAUCAUUCAUGUGAUUAAUCCUUAUACAAUGAGAAGGAUGGAUAUUCCUAAUGAAAAGUUUUGGAAGCAUCCGUUCACAGCUUUUGCGUCAAGCAGCCAGUUGUCAGAGUUUAUAGUUCUUGAUAUAGAAGAAGAAAGAAAUUAUGGUAAAAAUACAGAAUCAAUGGAAGUUGAGACGACUUCAAACAGCAAUAUUUCUUUCAAUAAAUAUAUAAAUAGAAAAUUCAAACAAAUUGAAGUCGAAGUUGCAAGAGCUGACCGUGUAGGUGUUCCAGGGAACUCUUUUCAUGUUAAAACACAUUUAGGACACAUUUUAAGGGUCGGAGAUAGCGUACUAGGAUAUGAUUUGCAAGCAAUGGUCUCUAAUUCUGCAGAACAAGACUCGCUACCUAGAGAUUUCCCUGAUGUGCUUCUAGUAAAGAAAAUUUAUCCAGACUUGAACAAGCCAAACAGAAAAAGACUUUUCAAGCUGAAUAGAAUGAAUAUAGAAGCAGAAAAAGAGCCAAACCACGAGGAAUAUGAAGAAUUCCUUAAUGAAGUUGAAGCUGAUCCUGAAAUAAGAGCAAAUAUCGUUUUAUACAAAAAUGAAGCUGCUAAUCCAGAAGAAGCUAAAAUUGAUGAUGAUACCUUCCCAACUGUGCAGCUUGAAGAACUGAUCAGCCAUUUGACAAUUCAUGAUAAAGCAGAAGAAAAUGAAGAGGAAGAUGAAGAUGAAGACUAA